AAAAGAAUUCAUCUUGCAGUCCAGGCAGCCCAGGAUGGAAGGAAUGUGAAGAAGAAAUCAAAAUGGAUCCAAGUAUGGGUGUGAAUUCUGUUAUCGUCUCUGUUGAAGGAAUGACAUGCAGUUCCUGUGUUUGGACCAUUGAACAGCAGAUUGGGAAAGUGAAUGGUGUGCAUCACAUUAGAGUUUCACUAGAAGAAAAAAAUGCAACUAUUAUUUAUGACCCCAAACUUCAGACUCCAAAGACCCUACAAGAAGCUAUUGAUGACAUGGGUUUUGAUGCUGUUCUUCAUAGUCCUAACCCUCUCCCUGUUUUAACCAAUACUGUGUUUCUGACUGUUACUGCUCCACUGGCUCCACCAUGGGAUCAUAUCCAAAGCACAUUGCUCAAGACCAAGGGCGUGACAGAUGUUAAAAUUUCUCCUCAGCAAAGAACUGCAGUAGUAACAAUAAUCCCUUCUAUAGUGAAUGCCAGUCAGAUAAUGGAGGUGGUUCCGGACCUCAGUUUAGACAUUGGAACUGAGGAGAAAAAGUCAGGAACUUGUGAGGACCACAGUAUGGCUCAAGCAGGUGAAGUCAUGCUGAAGAUGAAAGUGGAAGGGAUGACCUGCCAUUCAUGCACUAGCACCAUUGAAGGGAAAAUUGGGAAGCUGCAAGGUGUUCAGCGUAUUAAAGUCUCUCUGGACAACCAAGAAGCUACUAUUGUUUAUCAACCUCAUCUUAUCACGGUAGAAGAAAUAAGGAAGCAGAUUGACGCUGUGGGCUUUCCAGCAUUCAUCAAGAAACAGCCCAAAUACCUCAGACUGGGAGCUAUUGAUGUAGAGCGUCUAAAGAAUACACCUGUCAAAUCUCCAGAAGGGUCCCAGCAAAGGAGUCCUUCAUACACCAGUGAUUCCACAGCCACUUUCAUCAUAGAUGGCAUGCAUUGUAAAUCGUGUGUGUCAAACAUUGAAAGUGCUUUAUCUACACUCCAGUAUGUAAGCAGCGUAGUAGUUUCUUUAGAGAAUAAGUCUGUCAUUGUAAAGUACAGUGCCAGCUCAGUCACUCCAGAAACACUAAGGAAAGCAAUAGAGGCCGUUUCACCAGGGCAAUAUACAGUUAGCAUUGCAAGUGAAGUAAAGAGUACUUCCAACUCUCCCUCUAGCAUGUCUCUUCAAAAGAUGCCCUUGAAUGUAGUUAGCCAGCCUCUGACUCAAGAAACCAUGAUAAACAUUGAUGGCAUGACUUGUAAUUCUUGUGUGCAGUCUAUUGAGGGUGUCAUAUCAAAAAAGCCAGGUGUCAAAUCCAUACACGUCUCCCUUGCAAAUAGCAAUGGGACUAUUGAGUAUGAUCCUCUACUAACCUCUCCAGAAACCUUGAGAGAAGCAAUAGAAGACAUGGGAUUUGAUGCUACCUUGUCAGACCUGAAUGAGCCAUUGGUAGUGAUAGCUCAGCCCUCAUCUGAAAGGCCCCUUUUGCCCUCAACUAAUGGAUCAGAUAAAGUGAUGACACCAGUUUAUAACAAGGAGGAAGCAAAGACUUCAUCUAAGUGUUACAUACAGGUCACUGGCAUGACUUGUGCUUCUUGUGUAGCAAACAUUGAACGGAAUUUAAGACGAGAAGAAGGAAUAUAUUCUGUACUUGUGGCCCUGAUGGCUGGCAAGGCAGAAGUCAGGUAUAAUCCUACUGCUCUACAACCUCCACUCAUAGCAGAGUUCAUCCGAGAGCUUGGAUUUGGAGCCACUGUGAUUGAAAAUGCUGAUGAAGGGGAUGGUGUUUUGGAACUUGUUGUGAGAGGAAUGACAUGUGCCUCCUGUGUACAUAAAAUAGAGUCUACUCUCACAAAACACAGAGGGAUCUUCUACUGCUCUGUGGCUCUGGCAACUAACAAAGCACAUAUUAAAUAUGAUCCAGAAAUUAUUGGUCCUAGAGAUAUUAUCCAUACAAUUGAAAGCUUAGGUUUUGAAGCUUCUUUGGUUAAGAAGGAUCGGUCAGCAAGUCACCUAGACCAUAAACGAGAAAUAAGACAAUGGAGACGUUCCUUCCUUGUGAGCCUGUUUUUCUGUAUUCCUGUAAUGGGGCUGAUGAUAUAUAUGAUGGUUAUGGACCACCACCUUGCAACUCUUCACCAUCAUCGGAACAUGAGCAAUGAGGAAAUGAUCAACAUCCAUUCUUCUAUGUUCCUGGAGCGCCAGAUCCUGCCAGGACUGUCUGUUAUGAAUUUGCUGUCCUUUUUAUUGUGUUUACCUGUACAGUUUUACGGAGGCUGGUACUUCUACAUUCAGGCUUACAAAGCAUUGAGGCAUAAGACUGCGAAUAUGGAUGUGCUGAUUGUGCUGGCAACCACCAUUGCAUUUGCCUACUCUUUGGUUAUUCUUCUGGUUGCAGUGUAUGAGAGAGCUAAAGUGAACCCUAUUACCUUCUUUGACACUCCUCCUAUGCUGUUUGUGUUUAUUGCACUAGGCCGAUGGCUGGAACAUAUAGCAAAGGGCAAAACAUCAGAGGCUCUUGCAAAGCUAAUUUCACUACAAGCUACAGAAGCAACGAUUGUAACUCUCAACUCUGAAAAUAUCCUUCUGAGUGAAGAACAAGUGGACGUGGAACUUGUACAACGUGGAGAUAUCAUUAAAGUGGUUCCAGGAGGCAAAUUUCCAGUGGAUGGUCGUGUUAUUGAAGGACACUCCAUGGUGGACGAAUCCCUCAUCACAG